AUAGUACACCAUUACAACAGCUGCGUUUCAUCUCACUGUACGUUGCUUUCCAGUUUCUCUCUCUGUCUGGCUGUGUCCUCACUGGAUUCACUUCCUUACUUUUACCCCUCCCUCUCACUCACUCACUCUCUCUCUUUCUCUCUCUCCUCCUCCUUUACAUCCUCAAUCUCUCAGCAGCAGUUUGUGUCCUGAGAGAACUGGCACCAAACUGACGCAUCCAUGGGUCGCGCGCAGCAUCUUUAUGUCUUUACGUUACAAUUUGAAGUCAUUCAAACAUUAACAGCAUCGAUCCGCAGUGCGAACGAGUGAAAUCGUUUCAUUUUUAGCUUUAAACACUCCCAGACAGUGUCAGUAUCACGAUAUCGUUUUAUAUUUGUGAAUAGUAAUCAUAGCGUCGAGUUAUAGCGAUGGAUGGAGAUACUUGUGUUCGCGUCUGGACUCGACCAAUGCAAGUGAUGCUCCAGCAGAAGAAGAUCAAAGCGCGGAGGAAAAAACGCAAGGAGUUGUUCGGGGGACAGAUGUGCUUCAUGGGUCUGAUGCUGCUCGCCGUGUCCGGCUUGUCCAGUUUGGUCGAGAAUUCCGGUUAUGGUAUAUCUAGUCUAUCUGCUGAAGACAGUGAGAAGUGGGAGAGUCGCAGGCUUCUGCAAGAUUUUGACAUUGACGCCAACUACACUGAUGAGGUGCAGGUUGGGACCAAGAACUGCACCCCACCAGGUAUUCAUGAGUUCCCCGAUGAUAUUUUCACCAACCAGGAGCGCCUGGAGGGGGCGGUCGCUUUGCAUGUUCUGUGUGCCAUGUAUAUGUUUUACGCUCUGGCGCUGGUCUGCGACGACUACUUUGUGCCCUCUCUCGAGAAGAUCUGUGAGCGCCUCCACCUCAGUGAAGAUGUAGCAGGAGCCACGUUCAUGGCAGCAGGAAGUUCAGCUCCUGAGCUCUUCACCUCAGUCAUAGGUGUAUUCAUCACUAAAGGAGAUGUGGGAGUGGGAACGAUCGUGGGUUCUGCCGUCUUUAAUAUCCUCUGCAUCAUUGGAGUGUGUGGGAUCUUUGCAGGACAGGCAGUACAGCUCUCAUGUUGGACAUUAAUGAGAGACUCGACAUACUACACUCUAUCAGUGGCCACUCUGAUCGUGUUCAUCUAUGACGAGAAGGUGACAUGGUGGGAAUCACUCAUCCUGGUAUUGAUGUACCUAGUUUACAUUAUACUUAUGAAAUUUAACUCACGGGUGGUGCAUUACAUUGAACGGCGGAAAAAGAAUUCUGGAAAUCUUGGUAACGGCACUGCAAGUAACACAGACAUUGAUGAUGGCUGUGACGCCACUGUUGUGCUGCUUAAGAAAGCUAAUUUCCACAGGAAACCAUCAGUGCUGAUGGUGGACGAACUCCUCUCCGCAUACCCUCACCAGCUGACCUUCUCUGAGGCCGGAAUGAGAAUCAUGAUCACCAGCCACUUCUCUCCUCGCACGCGUCUUACAAUGGCCUCUCGAAUGCUCAUCACAGAGAGGCAGCGUCUGAUAAACAGUCGCUUUAGUAACGGGGAUUCAGAUGUCACGGUGAAGAUCCCAGGAAAACGUGGGGUGGAGAAUGGACUAGCAGGAACGGACCGGGGCCUGAACGGACGAAAGGGAGUUCACCAUGACAACGAAAGGGGAGGAGCUGAAGCCGGCACUGACACCGAAAAUGAAAAUGAGGACAAUGAGAACAAUGAGAAUGAUGAGGACGAAGAGGAGGAAGAUGAGAACGAGGGACCCUUUGUACCAUUCCGCUGCCCCGGUGGAUGUUGUAAUAAGCUAAAGUGGCUGCUGGCCUGGCCACUGUGUCUGCUGCUGUUCUUCACCGUUCCCAACUGUGCCUCGCCCCGCUGGGAGCGCUGGUACAUGGUCACGUUCAUCGCGUCCACCCUCUGGAUCGCUUUCUUGUCCUACAUCAUGGUGUGGAUGGUCACAGUGAUUGGUUACACUAUGGGCAUCCCUGAUGUCAUAAUGGGGAUCACUUUUUUGGCUGCAGGCACCAGCGUUCCUGACUGUUUGGCCAGUCUUAUUGUGGCGCGGCAAGGGAUGGGUGACAUGGCAGUGUCAAACUCUAUUGGCAGUAAUGUGUUUGAUAUCCUGAUUGGUCUUGGUCUGCCAUGGACCAUCCAGACUUUAGCCAUUAGCUAUGGCUCCACAAUUCACCUGAACAGUAAAGGCCUCAUUUUCUCGGUUGGGCUGCUGCUGGCAUCUGUGUUUCUCACGGUCCUCUGCGUACAUCUGAAUAAGUGGAAACUGGACAAACGGCUGGGUUUCUUUUGUUUACUGAUGUACGCCGUCUUCCUGUGUUUUUCCAUCCUCAUCGAGUUCAACAUAUUCACCUUUGUCAAUUUACCCACCUGCCGUGAGGAAUGAGAUAAUUGCUUUUCUCAGCUCUCCUUCUUUGACCUUGCGAGGACAAUGGCACAAGUUCUCGAUCAGAGGCAGACCGGCUCCAGUCCCGAAGGCGUAUUUAUUUAUUGAUCUAGUUAUUCUUUUCCCUUUCCGUGGGUACAAUAUUGACGGAGUCCUUGGGACUGUGGUAUUAUAAGGCAGAGAGGAGAAAAGAGCAGUUGUGUUGUGAAAAAUGGUCUUGUUGACCGAUAUAUAGACUCUUCUAAUGGGAAAUGCAUAUGGUUAAAGAUGACUACUGCCUGGAUUGAUGUGAAUACUUUUUUCUUUAAAUAUUUUGCAUAUUACAUAUUUAAAGAAUAUGAUGUAAAUGUAUUUUAUGAUGACGUUUGUUUCAUUAGCUGCUAAUAGAGAAAAGAAGAGGCUGGACUUUUACUGAUUAUCUGUAAAAUUAUAGAUUUAUGAGGAUUCGUUAAGAAAUUAUGUUGUUGAAAGGUACUGGUGACCUAUAGUGAGAAUGGUGCUGAAAUGGUGAGUCCUCGUGUUAAUUUGGGCAUUACCCAAGUUACGACUUUGGACUGUCAUAUCACAGAUUGAUCUGAAAGAUCUGAGCUCAUCGGUGUAUCCACAUCUGUCGAGAAAGAGAGAAAGAGAGACUAUGUUUACCUUACAGAGAAGAAAAUAAAGCAGAAGAUAGAUCAUAUCAGAUCAAAUUUCAGUCACUUUUGCAACACUUUUAGGGAGACGGGCAUUUGUUUGCACCUGUGUGGAAAAAAACAUUUUCAAACGCUACAACAUUUACGUUUGUUGAGAAGAUAUUCUUGUGUGAUUUAAGGGGAUUCUAUAGAUGUGUUUAUGUUUAUAACGCUCUGUAUAUACUUAAACAGAGAAAUGUUUAUUUAUUAAUUUAUUGAAGAUUAUUUAUGCACAUUACUUUCCUAUGACAUACUGAAACAAAACCAACCCACAGCUGUCCCAAAGAACAGACGCUGUUUAGUCUUUCGGAGACUUUUCUACUGAAUUUCUUCUCCAUCUCUGAAUAUUAUGCACCCUUUUAGAUGCACCUUGGACUCAAUACAUAAAACGGUUUCUACUAUUUGAUAUACGCGUGACAUGACAUGAGAAGGUUAUUGUUCGAGGUAAUUUUUUGAACAUUUUGGCAGGCAAGUAAGGAAUAUAUAUACCUAUAUAUUUUAUACUUAACCGUUUUGACAUUUAUAAAUGGACUAAGUGAGCCACAAACCUAAGCAGCUGAUUAGCAGGCACAACAUGUCCUGGUGAAAUGAAGCUAACAUCUGUGUCAUUCUGAUGUUUUAAGGAUGUACAUUCUUACCUAUGUAAAUCAAAAGAAACUACAAAUUGCUGUAUAAUAGGUCGUUUUCUGUUAGCAUGCACACUUUUAGAGUUUAUUAGGGAAUUUUUCAAUAAAUAUUCUCAGCAGAACAGAGAUCGAAAAUUAUUUCCAAGGAUGCAGUAACAAGAUGGAUUUUUUUUGGAAACUUGCGUGCACAUUUGUAAGUCACAGGGGCUCAAUUCUUAGCCUUUAUUUCAAAGGCCAAGUUAAAUAGAGGUUGUAUGGUUGUGGGGAUAUUAACAGCACAAUAUCUGUAGACUUUCAAGUUUCGAUCUGUUUUCUCUCCUUGUAGAGGUUUUUAGUGUGCUGACAAAGUAGCGAUUUUAUGGACUGUUCAAGUUCAUGCAGGUUUCCUAGUCGGCACAUUGCAGGAAAUUUGUGUUUAAUGCACUGGGUGAAAGUGGUUGUUCUGUUGGUUUAAGAAUACAAUUUAGGUGAAAUAGAUGCAUAUCUGGAAGAGUAUUGCGGCAAAGUAUUUUUAGCACAAAGCAACUUUGUAUUUUGUAAUGUUUUCUGUAAGGUGUGCUUCAACAUAUUUAUUCUUUAGCUCAUAAAACUAAUAAUCAGUUUGUCAGCUUACUGUCAGUACCAAGCAUGUUUAAAAACAAAGCCACUGUGUAUAGGAAAUUCUUUAUUACUGAUGAAAAUGAGAUUAUUUUAGCAGAUGUGAAUGUUUCAUUUUGUAAAUGGAAUCACUUGGGAAAAAACGGAGCUCAUGAUAGAUGCUGGGGCGUAGUUUCGUUCCCCAAAAAAUGCAACGGCAGGUCUAAGGUUUAAGCAAUCUGUUGUUCCCGGUACAAAUAAGCUAGCUGUAAUCCAAGUAGAGUGUACGUGCUUUGAUUGGAUGCUGAGGAUUGUUAAUAAUUUUAUUCGUAAAGCAGGGUAUUAUACGAACAAUGUCAGGAAGGCAGGGUUUGUUUUUCGUUGAAAUACAUAUAAAUAAAAGAAAUGCAAUAAUGUGUAGAUUAAUUAAUUACUGUUUAGAUUUUUUUUCUUGUUAAUGAUACAUCAAAUUCUUUGAGUCACAUAGAGUAAAUAUUUAGGUACGUUUGUGUACUCUUUGUUCCAUCCUUUCCAUUACUGUUACUUUGGAAAAAUGACUGCUGUCUGCAGAUUAAGGGAAAUUCUGAAACAUAAAUGCCUGUGUUUAUGGUAGCAAUACCAGCCGUAUAUUAAUGACAAAAAGUAAUAAUUCAAUUAUUUUUAGGUACUAAGGCUGUUUGGUUAAGGUCACUUUUGGAAAUUAAAGUGCUGCUGUUCAUUAGUAUGCACAAAUAAUAAUAAUAAUAAUACAUAAUAAUAAAAUAAGGGCAUGCACAACCUUUUAGCCCACUAUUAGACAAGUUGAUAUUUCCUUUUCUUCUCUGCUGAUAUUUCUUCAUGGAUUCAGGCAUAUUUAAAACAAAAUGUGACUUUUACAGGUUGAUGUGUUGUUGUACAUAAAUAUACAUACAUGAAAAUGUCUUCGCCUGUAUAUCCGUUGAUUUUAUUUUCAUAGAUACUGUACAAUGUUUGGGUCAUUCAUUUAUUUUUAAUGUUGUUGUGUUGAGGGCUUUACACCCUUGGUUUGGUAAAUUGCAUGGGACAUUUUAUUAUAAAUAAAUUAUUUAUGUUUAUUACUAUGACACACUGUUGAGCACUGGACAUACAGCUGCGGAUAUAGACCUCUUAGAUUAUUGCAUGUUUUUUUUCUCUUUUCAUUUUGUUUUGUUUUCUAAGGGAACUCUGCUGGGCUUCUUCACUGACAGCAUAAAGUAGAUAUUUUAUCUGCUGUUCAGGCAUCGGCUUUAUGUACUAAAUUAUUUUGUUCAGGUGUUAAGUUGUAUAUCAGAGUACAUAUUUGCUACUUGAGCAUAAUUAAAAUGAUCUUUGCUGAGGUAA